AUGUGAAUCAGGAAAAGAAACCCCUGUCCAUGGACAGACCAAAAACAGUGACUUUUCAGAAGGAAUAAAGAAACAAUUUCCAACAGUUGGGGUUCUUAUAAAACAAGAGACACGACAAAUGACAGAUAAUGCAUGGAAUACUACACCUUCUGUUGUAACACAGGAACUGUCUCCAAGGAAAAAGCCCAGAAAACAACAGUUGGCUGCAAAUGAACUAAUUAGGCCACAUUCUAGUGAUGGGGAAGAAGAAUUAGACAGGGAGGUAAAUGAAAAUAGUAGAAAAGAAGACAAGGACAAAGAAGAACCUGUUAAAUGGGUAACAUUUUGCAAGAGGCCUAGCAUGUCAUUACUUAACAGUUACCACCACACUUGGAAAUCUCGUCACAAUCACUUUCUUAGAUACGGUGAUGUCAAGCCUAAAGAUGAAAAGAAAACCGCAGUGAAUGAUUUGGCCAAUCAGAAAGGGGUUUUGCAGAAGUCUAAUGGUUGGAAAUUCUAUCAUUUAUCAACACAACUUGAAGAAGUGGUAAGUUACGAUAAUUAUAUAGAUGAUUUUUUUAUUAUAUAA